AUGGAGGGCGAGGAGGAGGACUACCAGGAGGAGGAGGAGGAGGAGGAGGAGGAGGAGGAGGAGGAGGAGGAGCAGAAUACUGUGGCACUCCCACUCAGUAGUUAUUCGAGCCGCCUCUUGUUUUUUUUAGGAAAUUUUGGUAUUUAUGUGCAGACCAGACUUGUGCCGCACACGCAGACGGCCUCCGGCUUUCAUGACGAUGUCUUGGCACCGGCCACAGGUGGGUGGGGGAAGCGAGAGUGCGAUAGAUGCUGCACAAGUCUACCACCAUUACAAACUAGCUCACGCGCAACCCCACAUCCCUACGCCCGUCGCGCAGCAACAGUAAGACUUCCCAGUCGGCCGGUCAGCUAAAUGAGGCUCCUCGACAAUCCCCGGAUGACACUGGGUGGAUCAGAAACUGAGAACCUGAUUUAUAACAUGAGGGAACGCUGUGUUGAACUUCUGAAUUAUAAGGGAUAGUAGCAAUUAAAUAUUGAGAUCAACUGAGAAGACAGAGCACAGGAACUCCUGAAAUACGGGCAAAAUGUUUAUAUUAGUUUUAUUAGUAGGGCAGAUGGACGAAGCAAUUAACGGUAUCUGUGUGAGACAUUGAACAAAGUCACAUUCUGCCAUAUGUGUGUUGUGCUACUUUACCGAGGUGUCAGAACAGGCCGCCCAUUUUGAAAGUUGCGGAUUAGGGGCAUAUAAACGGGCCAAAAAGCGGGAUAUCCAAGAGUAUUGGCUGAGGAAGUCUGGACUGUGUAAGACAGUAUGCUGCGGGCAAGUUUGACCCUGACCCCAAUCUCAAAACCUACCCCGACCCUAGACCUUUUUUCACUCUAACCCUUCCCUAACGUUAAACUCAAUCAAAGUCCCGAAUUUAAUAUAUAUUAGAUUUAACCUUAGUAUAACAGGCCUACCAAAAUCAAAUAAUCGGGCAUGUUAUAGCGGUAAAAAAACAUUGUCUUGAAUGCCCAAUCAUUACCGAAUGAUGUUACGCUUCUAUCCAACCUCUGACAAUGACAUCACAAAUCUAGUGCAUACGUAACGGUAGGACGGCCAUUUUCCUAUCAUUCUUAUUUAACAAUGAGGCGGCGAUCGGUUAAAGACCCUCAAACACACACGACCAGCCACAGUUGCUUGUCUUACGGGAAAGGUGGUAAAAGGGGUUUCACGGGUUGGGCCUAUGUAUGCAAAGGGGAAUGGAGAAAUAAGUGUAGAUAAAUGGUAAAUUUGUUUUCUAAGCGGAAAGGUUUUAAUGCAUUGACAAAUAGCAGCCGAAAUUAAACAAGACAAUUAUAAAAAUAACCAUUUGAUGCCUACAGCGAUCGCUUCCCAACUUCCUGAGCUGAGGUCAUUGUGGAUGAUGCACCAGACUAUCUGCAACAGACGACUCAACAUUGUACGAUUAAACACCAAACCGCAGUAAUCGUGUCGAACCCAAAUCCACUUAAAUAAGUGUAGUGGGUACGCUUUGUAUGCCACGGAUGCUUUGGGGCCUUCACCCGAUCCUUAGCAACAAUGAAUUAAGUCACCAUGUAAUAAAACGUCGUUCGUUCUAUACGUUAACGAUUCUUACGCCUUCUCAAGAAUAGUCGGGUUUAUCUACGUCGAUAUGUGUGAAAUUUAAAUGAAAACAGGUGGCCUUACAAUCACCGGACAGACCGUAUACUCUGCCUUGAACUCUGUCCAUUUUGUCACAUGUGAGGGAGUGACGAGUUCGGGCGGACAUUUCUGCAUAAUUUCAUACUGCCUGCGCUUACACCAUCUAAUUAUAAGAAAUAGGAGGAAAAUUCCUACCAAUGGCGAAUACUCGAACCACGGCCAUUUGUAUGUUUUGCUUUCUGGCAGAUGACGGGAGCACACCAGCCUCCCAUGUCUUGGUCGGCAUUCCGUUUUCAUUAAUGCUCAUUUCCCACCAUGAGCCAGAAGGUACAUUAGUGCAUCUCAUAGGCAUAGGGCAACGGCUGUAUUGUACUCAGAAGAAGUAGUAGUGAAUGAUAAAUUCGGCCAGAAUAACUGUAUGCACGGACAAAAAGGUGACCUUACGAGGCACUCUUAUCAGAAACGCCUCUUUAAUUGGUUAGGACAGUUUCAUUUUUUGCCGACAGAAAUGAUGCUUGGUUCGAUGAAAAAUCAAAUUAUCACCAGGCUACUAACUUGAUGAGUUUGUGCCUCCUCUUCUUCAAGGGGAGAUUCAACAGAGAAGAGUGGUGCACAUUGCACAACCGCUCUUAAAAUAGAUAAUUACACUUUCUUUUAAUUGCAGCAGCAUCAGCCCGCGUCCCUUGCCCAGCUGGCCUGUUUACCGUCGUGCCCGACAAUGCCCACCGUGUGCUCCACAGCAGGAUGGAAGCAGGGACGGUGACAUUUCCGGGAGUGUGUUUAUAGUGGUAGUAGACUUCCGCAGCAUCUGCUGCACUCUCUCCUCCUACCUCACCUGGACCCGGAGACAAGACAGUGUCAAGAAGACCGACGGCACCGCACUUGCCACCACACCGACUUGGAUCCUACGGAGUAGGCGUGCCAUAAAGGCCAUACUAAGAAUGAGCCAUUGCAGCCUGACUCUCAAUCCACCAGUCGGCCACUCUACACAAACACACACUGGACCGACUGCGAGGUUCAAAUUAUCCCGUAGGUUGGCUAAAAAGUCAAAAAAUCUGAAAGCGUGGGCUGUGGAAGUAUCAGUAAACCAUGGCACUCGCAGCCUGGUAUGCGUUAGCAGCUCUCUAACAGUAGAUGCGCUGACGCUCUCUCCGGGUACACAGGUCGUCGACAUGACCGUCCACUCAUCCCCAUUCUUCUGACCCCUGUUGGGAUGUUAACAGUGAAAAAUGCUGUUCAAGUGAACGCAUUUUCUCUUUUUGCUAUUCGACUAUCACGGGACGGCAAGAAAGACUGAAAUAGUCGGUUUUUCUCUUAACUAUAAAGUAGUAUACAUUUUGAAAGACAAGAGGGUAGCUUAGAUAGAUAUCAACUCUCCACACUCUUCCUAUCGAAGAAAAGUGUCGAUAGGUCCACAAAAUCAUUUCUUCCGUUCCACGACUAGGGACGUUUUGGCAUUUAUUUUCCCAUAGGCAAGUAUAUGAGUCCGUUUUGUAAAGUAGCGAUGGGUAAUGUCCUCCUGCCUGAUGGACCGGAGAAACUGGAGGACAGCUCUGAACUCGAAUGA